AAGUGACGUAUCUCCCAAGAAAAACAACUGUUCUUGUUAGGCGUUCAGCACGCCCCACCUACUGCUACUUAUUUUGAGAGGCGCAUAGAUUUCCGGGCACACAGAGAGACCUGACGUACAAAAGAAGAGGGUCUUUGAAAAGCUCGUCCAGACAGUCCAAAUAAGGGCUGUACCUCUACUGCUGUCAACAUUCAACAGGUCCUGGAAGGUCCUUGUCAGGCUGUUGUGAAUAGCCAUUAUGGGGAAGUACUUGCUGACCUGCGCGAUAGCAAUUCUCUUUAUUCUUCUGCAGACGGAUGUCAUUGUCUCGGUUUUGGGAAAAAGCUCAUCCAGUAGAAGUAGUAGAAAGCCUAGCAAGCCUUCACAUCAUCGACCUAGCAAGCCUGUGGAACAUCAUCGACCUAGCAAGCCUGUGGAACAUCGACCUAGCAAACCUGUGGAACAUCGACCUAGCAAACCUGUACAUCGACCUGUCAAACCUGUACACAACCAACCUGUACACAAUCCUGCUCCCCCACAACACAACCCUGUUUAUCCCCCAGUAAAUCCUGGUAAGCCCCCAAGCAAUCCUGGCAACCCUCCUCCAUAUAACCCUGCUUACCCUCCACAAAACCCUGGUAAGCCCCCAAGCAAUCCUGGCAACCCUCCUCCAUAUAACCCUGCUUACCCACCACAAAAUCCUGGUAAGCCCCCAAGCAAUCCUGGCAACCCUCCUCCACAAAACCCUGCUUACCCUCCACAAAACCCUGCCUACCCCCCACGCAAUCCUGGCAACCCUCCUCCACAAAACCCUGCCUAUCCACCACAAAACCCUGGUAACCCUGCUUACCCACCACAAAACCCUGCCUAUCCACCACAAAACCCUGGUAACCCUGCCUAUCCACCACAAAACCCUGGUAACCCUGCUUACCCACCACAAAACCCUGCUUAUCCCCCACACAAUCCUGGCAACCCUCCUCCACAAAAUCCUGGAUACCCACCACAAAACCCUGGCAACCCUGUCUAUCCACCACAAAACCCAGGUUACCCUCCCCACAAUCCUGGCAACCCACACAACCCUGGUUAUCCUCCACAAAACCCAGGUUACCCUCACCACAAUCCUGGCAACCCACACAAUCCUGGUUAUCCGCCACAAAACCCUGGAUACCCUCCAAACAAUCCUGGUAACCCACACAACCCUGGCUAUCCCCAACAAAAUCCUGGCUUUCCACAAAACCCUGGUUACCCGAGGUAUGGAGAAGGAGGCAGCUGGGGCAAAUAUGACAGUAAGCCAUGGAAGCCCAAGCCACCCAAGCCCAGUAUGAAACAUAUGGCAGGAUCAGCUCUGGCGGGAGCUGCAGCAGGAGCCGUGGGUGGCUACCUCUUAGGCCGCGCCAUGUCCAAUGUCAAUUUUCACUUUAACAACCGUGAUGACGAGCGGUGGUGGUAUGAAAACCGCAACCGUUACUCCGACCAGGUUUACUACCCACAGUACAACCAGCCUGUCCCGCAGGAUAUCUUUGUGAGAGAUUGCACAAAUAUCACGGUGCGCGAGUAUACGGAGCCCAGCGGAAACCAAACGGCAGAUGAGAUGGAAACCAGGGUUGUGACGCACGUGGUGCGUGAAAUGUGUAUAGAGCAGUAUCGUACCUACUCUAGCCAUGCAGGAGGCGACUUCAGACGUCCUGGGAGUAGGCCAGAGGGGCCUAUGCUGGCCAAGCCGGAAGUGAAGCCUGUGGCGGAAGAAGCGAUAACAGGCGCUGUGGCGAAAGACCAAUUGGGCAGCUCCAUGUCUAACAUGCACCUGCAUUUCAAUGACAGCGAUGAGGAGCAGUGGUGGAGCGAAAAUCGCAAUCGUUUGACCCAUCCCGUUUUCUACCCAAACUACAGCCACCUUGUUACGAAGGAUGUCUUUGCGAGUGAUUGUGAGAAUGCCACCACAAACUAUUACAUAAAGCCCACCGGAAACCAAACGGCAGAUGAGGUGGAAGCCAGGGUGGUGACGCAAGUGGCGCGGGAGAUGUGCAGGGAGCUGUACAGUGAUUUCAUCCGUCACAUGGAAAGAAGCAAAUAUGAUCAGAAGCCAGAAGCGCCGAUGCCAACCAAACUCUGGCUGAAGCAUGUUCCAGAAGCAGCUAACAUCGCCCCUGGCGCAGGAGCCACCGGAAGCAAUCACAACAGUGCCACGUCUCGCAUGCGUGACAACACUUUUGCUAAGACUUCUGUGCUUUUGAUUAUGGCACUGGUCACUCCUUUCCUGAUACCUUGAGGUUGGGCAGCCUCCUUAAGCUGCCAUUUUGUCGCUGAGACAGGAAAUGUCCAGAAGGAAAGAGAUGUGUUUAUAUAAAGGAAAUGUUUUGUGGAGA